AUGUCUUCCACUGCUCUCCCUAAGCGCGUUGCGCUGCACCGCAACCCUACCACCGAUUCUAGCAACGUCUCGGCCUCUCCCUCUCCCCUGGACAGCCCUCGUCACUCGCCCUCGUCCACCUCUCUCUCGUCCAUGGGGUCGGAUGCUGAAAAGGAGGGUCAGAGCAAGAUGAUCGACACCUAUGGCAAUGAGUUCAAGAUCCCCGACUACACCAUCAAGCAGAUCCGGGAUGCUAUCCCUGCCCACUGCUUCGAGCGCUCUGCCGUCAAGAGUUUGUCCUAUGUGGCCCGGGAUAUCGCCGUCAUCGCCUCCAUCUUCUAUGUCUUUCAGAACUUUGUGACCCCCGAGAACGUGCCUUCUUACCCUCUCCGGUUUGCUCUGUGGGGGCUGUACACUAUUCUUCAGGGUCUCUUCGGUACCGGUAUCUGGGUUUUGGCUCAUGAAUGUGGUCACCAGGCGUUCUCGCCUUCCAAGAGGCUGAAUGACACUGUCGGUUGGAUCUGCCAUUCUGCUCUACUCGUCCCUUACUUCUCGUGGAAGAUCUCCCACGGAAAGCACCACAAGGCCACCGGUAACAUCGCUCGUGACAUGGUCUUUGUCCCUAAGACGCGCCCUGAGUAUGCCUCCCGCGUUGGCAAGGCUAUCCACGAAUUAAACGAGCUGCUCGAGGAGACCCCCUUCCUCACCGCCAGCAACGUUAUCAUGCAGCAGCUGUUUGGUUGGCCCAUGUACCUCCUCACCAACGUUACUGGUCACAACAACCACGAGAACCAGCCCGAGGGCCGUGGCAAGGGUAAGCGCAACGGUUACUUUAGCGGUGUCAACCACUUCAACCCCUCCAGCCCUCUGUAUGAGGCCAAGGACGCCAAGCUCAUUCUCCUGAGUGACCUCGGUCUCGCUAUCACCGGUUCGGUUUUGUACUUUAUCGGUACCAACUAUGGCUGGCUCAACUUGCUCGUGUGGUAUGGAAUUCCUUACCUCUGGGUGAACCACUGGCUUGUGGCCAUCACUUAUCUCCAACACACCGACCCCUCCCUCCCCCACUACCAGCCUGAGGUCUGGAACUUUGCCCGUGGUGCUGCCGCCACUAUCGACCGUGACUUCGGUUUCGUCGGCCGUCACAUCCUCCAUGGGAUCAUCGAGACUCACGUCCUCCACCACUAUGUCAGCACCAUCCCCUUCUACAACGCCGACGAAGCUAGCGAGGCCAUCAAGGAGGUCAUGGGCAGCCACUACCGCACCGAGGCUCACACCGGCUGGACUGGAUUCUUCAAGGCUAUGUGGACCAGCGCUCGCACCUGCCAGUGGGUUGAACCCACCGAGGGUGCCAAGGGCGAGAGCCAGGGCGUGCUCUUCUACCGCAACACCAACGGCAUUGGUGUCCCUCCGGCCAAGGUUGCUGCCAACUAA